UCCGGGGGCCGGACGAUUGAGAGUCCGCGGAGCUCCGAGGCGGGAGUCCUGACCAGCUGCGCUCGAGAGGAACCGGAGCCAGGGCCUAUGGCUGGGGCAGGUCCCAGCGGCUGCGCCUCCGCGAGGAAUGGCCCGUAACCUGGGGGAUUUCAGGCGCAGGGAUUUCAGGAAGGAUCGUCGGCCGCGCGCGGGGCCGAGAAGGAAAGAUGAGCCUGGUGUGGGCAAAAUUUCAAAUGAGCUGGACAGCACUGUGAAGGAGCUGCAAGCAGCCCCCAGAUCCUUGAGAUGGCAGAAUGCAGGGCACCCAAAACCAAGAAGGGGUUGAAAGCUCCUUUUCUGUUCCAGGCUCCAUUGAUGAUGUCCUUGGUGACCUCUUGGGGGAUGAGAUGACACUACCUGAGAAGCCUGUUAAACUAGCUUCAUGUGCCAGAGAUGCCACGGGUGUAGCUCAGGUGCCUCCUUCUUCAAGGGCUAGAACAAAGUUCCUCCUGAAAAAUGACACGUUGAGCACCAUGGCAGGCCUGGAAGGAGCUGAUGUUGAGGAUCUGGACGACAUGGACGCCCAUCUCUUAGGUCUGAAGAAGUCUAAUCUAGCCUCUAGCAAAAGAGCUGCAAAGGACUCUGGGAAAGAAGAGUUGCCUAGUAAUCCCAAACCUGCCAACAUGUUAAUAGCCGAUGAGAAAGGGAACACCAUUCCCACCAAGAAGGCACCUCCUCCCAGCAGCUUUGGGCGUCAGUUCAGGAAGUUUUCCUAUGAAGACUUGGAAGACCCAUUGGCAGGACUUCUCUCCGACGAAGAGGAAGGAACCGCCAUGAAGCCACUCAGCACAGAGAGUAAAACAGCUCUGGAAGAGAGCCCAGCCCCAGUCAGAGAUCAAGGUCCUUCUAUUCCUCUAACUCCUGGGGACACCCCAGUCCGAAAAAAAGAAGAAUUUCUGUUUGACGAGGGGGAUGACAUCAUGGCUGCCCUGGGGUUUGGAGACAGCCCCAAAGCAGAGAGGAGGCAAACGGGAGACCAGCAAGGGUCCUUGGAAGGGCCCCGCCCUGCUCGCUCCAAGCUGGAUGAGCUGCUGGGUCGGGGCACUGCCUCCAAACUCCUGGCCCGCCCGGGCACCGGGGAGCACAGGGAGUUCAAGCUGGACAGGAAGUACCAGCAGCCGCCGGACAAAGACGACAUGUGGGGUGACGAGGACUUCACCUUUGGGGCCUACCAGCCCACCGUGGGCUCCUCCGAGGGCCAGCAAUCCCACCGGCAGUCGGUCAGUAGGUUCUUAGCAGAAGGUGGCACCGACCCCAAGGCAGAACCGGAUGCCAAACAGAGCAGCGCAGCAACACCCAGUCCCUCCCUCCCCAGGAGGGGAGGAGCUGACUGGUUGGGCCUCAAGGACAACUCAGACCCGCUCCCUCCCUCUCCCACCAGAGAGGCUAAAAGGGGAGGCUCCUCUCUCUCCACACCCUCACUACCCGCUCCCAAAAGCCAACAUUCCACCCCAGGCCAGCAGGCUGCCCAAGCUGGGCUGCCUUCAGCGGCAAAGCCACCACCCGAGGGUGCAGCUUCCCCUGCCAAAGCCAGCCAGGCUUCCCAGCUGGGAGCCGCUGAGGAAGAGGAGGAGGAGGAUUGGCUGGGCCACGCCCUAGCUCGAAAGAAGUCCCGAGGUCUGGCCCGCGAGGAGCGCACCAAGGCCUCUGAGGGCCAGAACUCCAUGGGGGCAGCAGGCCAGCCCCCCUCCGACAGCUGGCCUGUUGCCGGCACUCAAGGACUCAAGCAAGCAGCUGCUGGACGGACCUCAGGGACAGCCACACAAAAGCCGCCCACCAGGCUUGCCACCUCGGGGUCCUCUGUGACUUGUAACCAGGCCACUCUGGCCCUCCAUGCAGGUGACCCAAAGAAGGGAACAGCCCCUGGAGACCUCUCUGGCAUUGAGCCUGCAGUUUGGCUCCCAAGCUCCCAGGAACCCACAGAACUUUCUGUUCCGGUCCAGCCCCUGCUCCCAGAGUCCCUGGCACGGAGCCUGCUGCCAAGCAUAGAAUACCAGAGGCAGCUCCUGGCUGCACGGGUGCAGCUUCAGAGCGGCACUGCUGAGCUCCAGGCUGACCUUCUGCAAAGUCAGGCCCGGCUGGCAGAGCUGGAGGCCCAGGUGCAGAAGCUGGAGCUGGAGCGGACGCAGCACCAGCUGUUGCUGGAGAGCUUGCAGCAGCGGCACGAGGCUGAUCUGGAGCUCAUCGAGGGCGCCCACAGAAGCCGAGUAAAGGUGCUCGAGACCUCAUACCUGCAACGGGAAGAGCGGCUACGGAGGGAGAACGAGGAGCUGUCCGCCCGGUACCUGUCACACUGCCAGGAGGCCGAGCAGGCCCGCGCCGAGCUCACGGCCCAGCACCAGCGGCGCUUGGCAGCCGCCGCACAAGAGAAGGACCAGGAGAUGGAACGGCUCCAGGAACUGCAGCGGGCCUCCAUCCUGGAGAUGCGCCGGGACCAUGAGGAGCAGCUGCAGCACCUGAAGCUGCUGAAGGACCGAGAGAUCAACGCAGUCACCAGCGCCACCUCACACACGCGGUCCCUGAAUGGCAUCAUCGAGCAGAUGGAGAAGUUCUCCAGCAACCUGCACGAGCUGCACUCCCGCGUGGAGGCCUCGCACCUUGCCACCACCCAGGAGCGGGAGCUGGGCGCCCGGCAGCGGGAUGGGCAGCUCCGAGUGCUGCAGGAGAGGCUGGGCCAGCAGCAGCGGGACCUGGAGGAGGAGCGCAGCCGGCUGCAGGAGGUCACCGCGAAGAUGGAGGCGCGCCUGGGCGAGCAGAGCCGGCUCCUGGAGCAGGAGCGCUGGCGGGUGAAUGCUGAGCAGUCCAAGGCGGAGUCCACACAGCGCGCACUGGAGGAGCAGAGGAGGGUCAUGGUCCAGCAGAUCACCAUGGAGCGCGAGGAGCUGGAGAGGGCCAAGAGUGCCUUGCUGGAGGAGCAGAAGUCUGUCAUGCACAAGUGCGGGGAGGAGCGGCGGCGGCUAGCAGCUGAGUGGGCCGAGUUCUUUGCACAGCAGAAGCUGAGUAAGGAGCGGGCCGAGCGCGAGGCAGAGCGGGCACUGCAGGUGGACACCCAGCGGGAGGGUGCCCUCGUCAGCCUGGCCAAGGUGCUUUACACCCAUUUUCUCAUUCAAUCCUCACCACAUUCCCAUUACCCCAGAAAUGAGGAAACGGGUUCAGAGAAGUUGAGCCCAGGGGGGCAGGCAGAGCUGAAGGUCAGGGCGCGCGAGCUCCGGGCCCAGGAGGACCAGCUGGCAGCUGAGAGGGAGGUGCUGGAGCGGGAGUGGCAGAAGGUGCAGCUGGAGAAGGAGAGGGUCAGUGCUGUGGCCCUGCGCCUCAGGCUGCGCACCAAGGAGGUGGAGAGCACGAGCCAGGUGGCCUCAGCAAACCAUGAGGGGGAACGGGCACUGCGCGAGGCCCUGCAGGUGCAGUCGGGGCAACAGGCCCAGCUACAGCUGAUGCAACAGCGGUGGCUGCAGGAACAGGAGCCGCACUUGCGCCAGGGACAUCUAAGUCUGGCCCAGCAGAGGCUGCCCUCCAGCCACGAGGAGCCACUCCCUGGGGCCCAGGGCCCAGAAGCCUCCUGUCUGAGUGCCACCCUGACCCCUGCUCCUGGCCCUCCUGGCUUCAGCCCGUCGCUGGCCGGCCUGGGCUCCUCGCACCUCCACGCCAAGCUGGUGCUGCUGAAACACACAGCUAAGCAGGACCGGGACUUCUUGGAGGAUGAACAGUUCUUCCUGGAGACCUUGACGAAAGCCUCCUACAACAUGACAUCCCAUUCAGCUUGAAGGGCCUGGCUGCCUCCUUGGCAGAGGCCUCAGAUGCCAGAACUCUGCCCCGCUGCCCUGCUGCCACUCCAGGGGGCCCAGGGAAAGCUCUGCAAGGCCCAGGGCCUGAUUACAGCUCUUCUUGUCAACA